CAUAGAUAACGAGUGUAUUACUACACACAGUCGUUUUGAAGUUAUGGCAAUGAGUAAUGAUCAUGGAGAUGACGACAAAGGGAAGAGUGUGAAAACUGAAGUAAAACCUCCAGAAGAUGAUAACACAACCCUACCUAUAGACAGAGGAUGGGCUUGGGCGAUACUCGGAGGGUGUUUCCUGAAUGCUCUGCUGACGGGUGGAUACAACCGAUCCAUGGCGCUGUUCUUUGUGGAAUACCUUGAGAUGUUUGGUGCAUCUACCACGGAGACAACCCUUGUCCUUGGGGUGAAAGCGAUGACCAUCAGCCUAAUGUCACCGAUUGCUAUGAACGUUGUGCUGGAGUUCCUCGGAACGAGGAAGACAGUCUUGUUGGGCGGACUCCUCAAUGUGUUGGGUAUUCUCUCAGCCACCUUUGCGCCGAACAUACUGGUCCUUAUAUGUGUUCACAGUGUUCUUACAGGAAUGGGCAAUUCAAUGGCACACGCGCCUGGUAUUGUGCUGAUUGGAAAAUACUUCAAGAAAAGACGAGGCCUGGCUACAACAGCUGCGGGUUCAGCGAUGAGUGUAGCAGGUGUAUUCCCAAUACUUACUCAAUAUCUGCUGGACGAAUAUGGGAUACGAGGAACAAUGCUUAUAUACACUGGUCUAACUAUGAAUAUAUUUGUAGGGGCAUCCCUAUAUCGACCUCUUCACUUCUAUGAAAGAAGAGUGAAACCCGAUCGCAUGCAGGAAGAUACAGUGGACAGUGGUGGUGUUGAAGUGAGAGCGGUCAUCAGGAAUGAAGAUGCUACUGGAGCACACCAUGGCGGAGAGGACAUUCACGGUGGAAGUACCAGGAGUUGUAACGUUGUUGUUAAUGAUACCUGCAAUGGAUUCCUGGAUCCCCAAAUCGACGACGAUUCCUUCAGGAAAAGAGCACACUCUGAAGGUUCUAAAAAAAUCAUAAAGCAGUCUGUUUCCGAAUUUGAAAAAAUGGUAUACACAAGUAACCCAGACCUCGUGAGUCUCCCAAUAAUCACACCCAAACAGUUGGAUGCAUCUGAAAGGGACAUACGUGUCGAUGAUCGAAAUCACAGAAAAUCCGCAAUCGCUAGAAAUAUUCGGAAGGUUUUCAAAGCAUUUGACUUUUCUUUAUUUAAGAAUCCAAUGUUUCUUCUCAUUGUGGCAUUUUGUUUGUUCGGUGUUGUUGUGAGACACAUUGUAACCUACCUCCCGGCACAGAUGAAGGAAAUGGGACUCAGUCAGUCUGAUGCAGCCUUUCUGCUGCUCAUCUCUGGAAUUCUGGACUUCUUUUGUCGACUGUUUUAUGGUUUUGUAGCUGAUCUUGGAUAUCUUCGUGUCUCUCGAAUCAUGGCUUUUGGCCUUUUGAUCGUAGGAGUGGCAUCACAGUUUAUAAUGUUCUACACCACAUAUCCUCUUCUUGUAGCCUACUGUGUAGUGGUUGGCGUCUUCGGAUGUGCCGUCCCGUGCCUUUUUCCAUUGCUAAUAGUGGAUUUUAUGGGAAUCGACUGUAUGGCAAAGACUAUAGGAUUUACAGUGUUAUUCCAAGGAUUUUCAGCUGCACUGACACAUCCAAUUUUAGGUGCAUUACGUGACUUGAGCGGAUCCUAUAUACCCUGUUUCCAGUACCUUGGUGUGUCAUCCUUCUUUUCCGCAGCACUGCUGCUAUGUGAGCCUCUUGUACGACGUUAUGCAGCAAAACACCCACAAGCAUCACCAUCAAAGGAUGAGGAAUGUCUUGAACCACUGAAAGAGGCAAAUGAAGUGAAGUGAAUGCAAUAUUUUUUAAUGGAAGUGUACAUGCUAUCUUGAGCUCAUGGAUUCAAAAAAAAUCAGCAAUUCGGGUCCUUCGCUCGAAAAGUUAAGUCUUGAUAUUUGAAGCAGCUUGACAGUAUUUACGAAUCACCUUCGGGCCUUGUCCCAAGUCAAGCUUUUGAAAGGACUAUUUAAACGGAAACAGACACUCUAAAUGCAACAUCAACAGGGUAAGGGUAAAAUGUCUAAGCAUCAAUGGUAAAUUAAAUCCUUGCAGUUUUGUUUCAUGUCAAUCAAAUACCAGUUAAAUAAAAUUUUGCAAAGUAUAGCAA